AUGAGACAAUACUGAUAAGAAAUCCAUCAGUGAAACGAAAAUCGUAUAACAGCUGUAAUUAAACUACAUUUACAAAGGAACUGAUACUUUUGAAAAAUUAUAUUCUAGCUAAAAUGUCAUCCAACCAGGCCCGCAUUAUGAUAUGGAGUCCACCGAGAUCAUUAUCGACUGCGUUCACCCGUUCGAUGUCGUCCCGAGGUGAUACCAAGAUCUUCUGGGAGCCUUACCUAAAUUGCUAUAGUUAUGGCCCUGACCGCACAGACCAUUGGGCAGAUGAUUUUCCGGAUCUUCUGAAUGACAAGUACACUAUCGAUUACGUUAAUUCACUAAUGAAAGAACCUCAUCCGAAUUCGAGAGUCCUUUUUGCCAAGUGUAUGAUUGAGGCAAUCCAAGGAAAUUUUGACGUAGUACUACCUCAUUACAGGCAUACCUUUCUCAUUCGACAUCCUCUCAAGAUGUUCCGGUCAUAUGAGAAGCUGACAAAAGGUGUAAUCCCCAUAGACUUCAGGGUCACAUUCAAGAACAUCUAUCAGGAACUGGAGAAGUUCUACGAUCACGUGAUUAAUGAACUUGGCCAAUCAGCGCCUCCGAUCAUAGACGCGGACGAUCUUUUAGCGCAACCCGAAGCGGUGCUUUCAAAUUAUUGCGAGCUGGUUGGUAUUCCUUACACACCUAAGAUGUUAAAAUGGGAAAGCGUAAAAAAUCCUUCUGUUCUUAACUGGGAAUGCAUAGAUGUUGGAGCUAUAACACAAACAAAAUACUCUCAGGGUCUGUCACUAUCAAAGGCUUUACAGAGUACAGGUUUCGGAGAUGGCUCAAAGAAGAAGACAAACGAUUCAAAUCAAGAUUAUUCUGAUGACGUGAAAGAGUGUGCAGAGCAUGCAUUGCCUGCAUACGAGAGAUUAUAUGACCUCCGAAUUACAAUUUAAAAGACGACAUAAUAGUUUAGUUAUAUU